UUUUUUUUUACAUUUCUACAAUCGUUCCUUUUUUUUUCAAAUUACUGUAUAAUAAUUACAUUCGUUUAUCUGUAAAUUGAAGUCAUUCCCUCAUGGAUUCACCUAAAAUAUCUAAUCUAAACAUGUCGAAGCCAACGAUUGCAUCUCGUAGAACUACAUUAUCUUCUCAAAGAUCAAUUUCAGUUUUAUCUAUUAACACAAGCGCUGCACAUCAUGAUUCGGUAAGAAAAAAUAAAUCGACCAGUAACGUUAAUCGAUUAUACCAACGAUCUCUAACUGGAUACUGCAUCCCACCGUAUUCUGCUGAAAUUGUUCAGAAUAGUAUGAGUCCCGAAGAACUUUCAACAAAGAUUGCUGAUAAUUUUCAACAGUUUUCUAAUAUCCUUACUCAGCUCUCAAGUAAAUCAACAACAAAACCAAAUAAUAAUAAUAAUAAUAGUUGCCAUUUGCCCUUAAUAGUAAAUCAAAAUGAUACCAUAUAUAAUACACCGAGCACAUCCCCUCAUCUCACUAAUAGCAUGUUCCCUCAAACUUAUUAUAGCAGUGUAACAUUUAGUCCUUUAUUCUCACCUCCUCCUACAUCUCAAGAACCACGGAAAAAGGAGUUUUUUCAAAGUAGUCACGAUUCAUUGUCCAUAACAAAAGGCAUAUGCUCUUCACAAUUAAAUUUGGAAAAUAGCGAGGCAUCAUCAUUAAAACUAGUAAGCAGUAUCUUGAAUAAUGAAGAAGGAUCUAACAACGAUGCAUUGGAUAAUUAUGCAGUUUAUUUUAAGAAUGCUUUGGACAAUGUAGGGAACACAACAAGACUCCGACUUAUUGCCAAAUGGUUCAAUCACGCCGCCUCAACUGGUAAUAUUCAAACCAUGCAACAAAUGUUGGUAGAUAUCAAAGUAGAUGUAAAUUCUUCUGAUGAUGAAAGAACUAAGAUCAAUCCACUCAUGUAUAUCUCAUAUUUUGGAUAUAUUGAUUGUCUUAAUUUACUAUUAAACUAUCCAUCAAUCGAAAUAGAUCAACAGGAUAAAAAGGGAUGGACAGCCUUGAUAUGGGCAGUUCAUGGAGAAAAAGAGGAAGCUGUGCGGAUACUGUUAAAGCAUAGUGCUAAUACUAUGUUAUUAACAAAGCAAGGCAGGACUGCUGUUGAUUAUUCAACAUCAGAAUCCAUCAAAAAACUUUUAGGAAAAAUAACCGUUACCGUACCUGCAUCUAAGAUUAAUUCUUUUAUACAAGAGGAUACAUCAAGUGAAAUAGUUUCUGUACCAUAUUUGAAGAAAGAUGUUGACUUGUAUUACAAAAUUGGAAUCGAUGGUUAUGAUUAUUUCUUGGCUCACCAAAAAAAAACCCGAAGCAAUAUUGAUGCUUAUUCAAAACCUAUCUCUAAUGAACUUCAAUGUAUUCCAUCAAGGCCAGACUUUAAUCAGCUAAUAGAAUAUAGCCCAAAGUCAUCACGACUACAAGAAAAUAAAAAUUUAGCUACUAAGGCAUACAUAUCACAAGAAGAAGAACAAGAUAUAAAGCAAUGGGAAGAUUGUAUAAAGUCUUCGUAUAUAUUUUCAUGGAACCAAUGCUUACCUGAUCAAAUGCUUGUAUUUAGUCAAGAUGAUGUAUAUAUUAUUGUAGAAAGUGCCUUUUAUAUGGCUGAUCCCAAAUUGCUAAUAAAUGAAGGCCCUUUAAGUAAUAGACUUUGGCAACCUGCUAACAUUAUCUUUUUAAGUGCAAGAUUUGCUCAUUACUGUCAUAGUAAAGAAUUACUUAAUUCAUUACUAAUGGCAGUUAUUAGUAAACUUACCAAGAUAAUUAAGACUACUUCUCGUGAUAUACAAUCAUUGGCUUUCUGGGUAGCAAAUAUGUUACAAUUAUUAAACUAUUUAAAAAAAGAUCCCGGAUUAUCAGUGUCAACUCAAGAUUCACAAGCAGAUAUUUCUGAUCUUGUUUCGAAUGCUUAUACGGAACUUCUUACUGAGCUAAAAAGAAAGUUUGACAAGAUUUUGGAGCCAUCAUUGAUGGAUUAUGACUCAAUUGAGGAAAUGGAACAAAUAUCGUUUGUCGAUAACUGGCAAAGGUUCUUCAAAAGAAGAAAUAGUAAUAAACGACAAUCAGUCUCAAAUACUGAUGUCAAAACACCUACAGACGAAACGAUAGGAAAAUUAAAUUCAUCCAUUAAUAAUACAACGACAAACACUAAUCCUUCCGAACAAACGAUAUCAUCUAUUGCAUCACCUCACUCUAUUACAAAUUUACUUCAGCAAGUACAAUCUAUUCUUCAGUCCUAUUACAUUCCUUCUGCUAUCAUAAUUCAAAUCAUAAAUCAAAUCUUUCAUUAUUUAUCAGAUGAAGUUUUUAAUAGAAUUUUAACAUACAAAAAAUAUCUUUGUCGUUCAAAGGCGUUACAGAUUCGAAUGAAUAUAUCUAUAUUAGAAGAUUGGGUUCAUAAAAACAAGCUUCCUACAAAUUUAAAUUAUUGUUUUGAACCUCUCAUCCAGUUAUUACAGUUACUUCAAUGUCUAUCACAAAUGAAUGACGUUACACUCUUUAGCUCUACAGUUGAAACCUUUGACAAACUGAAUGCAUUGCAAGUUAAAAGAUGUGUCCAAAGUUAUCGCUAUGAAGUCUCGGAAACUAGAUUAUCGGAACAAAUAGAAAAAAUGGUGAAUAAGGAAGAAAAAAAAUAUCAAGUUCAAUCAAGAACAUCUGUCGAAAGCUAUAAAAACAACAAUAUAAAUCAAAAACAAAGAUCACCAAGUACUUCAAGUUUAAAUAGUCUAAUUGACGCAGCAAUACCUCUGAAUAAAAAAAUGUCAAUAGAAGACAAUAUAUCAUUUGCUACCAUUAAUAAUCAACAAUUAUAUAGUAAUAACUUGGAAGAUAAACAAAGUUCUAGUUUUAAAUAUAUGCUUCCCUCUUGUACAACACCUUCACAAGAUUUGACAUAUAAGCAGGACAAGAAUAAAAUGAUUAUUCAAACAGAAGACAAUAUUAUGCUAUAUUUUGACACAAUUUACAAGGAAAUUAAGCUAAAAAAACAAGAAGAAUUUGAUCAGUUAGAUAAAAUUUUUCCUAGCAUUUCUGAAGAAUGGCUUUACUAUGUGGAUAAAAAGAUACAUGCACGAUGAUGAUAGAAUAAUAUUUGUAUGCCAAGUUUAGUAAUACAUUUAUAUACAAAUAUGUAUAUAAAGCAAUUUAUUCAAAUUUUGCCUUUUUUAUUUUAUUCUUCAUAGUAUACAAUUAAAUAAAAAAUAAAAUAAAAUCAACAAGUACAUAGCGAUUUAAUUAUGCUGUAAUU